UGGUCCAGGUCCAAGAUGAUUCCCGAAGCGUCGGCUGCUGCUUCAUCCGGGUCCUCGGAGGAGAGAGCCACCGGUGAUGCGGAGGCGUCCUCGUCUGGAGCUGUCAAUCAGUCGGAGGAGGACUCGGGGACGGAGAACCAGCAGAAGGUGAGACGGAGGAAGAGACCUCACCGUUUCUCCGAGAACUUCAAGACCAAGCGAGCGCGCGGCGGCGGAGCGGGACGAGGACAGAGGGACGCCGAGGCCGUCACCCUGUUCCAGGUGGUCACCAUGGGACGCAGCGCCAUGCAGGCGGUGAUCGAGGACUGGGUCCAGGCCUACGGGGGGGACAGAGACUCGUCCCUGCUGGACCUCAUCAGCUUCUUCAUCCAGUGCUCGGGAUGCAAAGGUCUGGUGGCAGCAGAAAUAUGUCGGAGUGAAGAGGAUGGAGACGUCCAGAGCAAGAUGGUGGAGACGCUGGACGAGGACGCUGGUCUCCAGUAUAAGAAGUUCCUGGCGUUUCCCUGGAUCCUGACGGUCACAUGGCCCCUGGACACGGACACGGCCGAGUACCCUCUGGUGCAGUCCGGCCCGUACGGCCGCUGGUUCCACUCCGAGUUCUGCGACUUCGUCUCGGUCCUGGUGUCCCAGUGUCAGCGCGGCGUCCUGUUCGACGGCUACCUGAUGAACACGCUGAUCUCCCUGCUGACCGAGCUGUCGGACUCCUACAUCCGGGCCUUCAGGCACACCUGUACGCUGGCAGCCGUGAAGCUGCUCACCGCCCUGGUGGGCGUCGCCCUCAGCCUGGCCGGCGGCGUGGAGAACAGCCAGAAACUGUUGGACGUCCAGAAGACCAAGACGGGCAGACAGAGGAGCGCACAGCUGGACAAGAUCCAGAGGAAGAUCACCGAGCUGCAGGAGCAGCAGGCGGAGGUGGAGAGCAUGAUGGACGUCGUCUUCAAGGGCGUGUUCCUCAAGAGAUACCGGGACGUGCUCCCGGAGAUCCGGUCUCUCUGCGUGGAGGAACUGUCCUUGUGGAUGAAGCUGAGCAGCUCCGUGUUCCUGAACGACAGUUACCUGAAGUACCUGGGCUGGAUGCUGCACGACAAGACGGCGGACGUGCGUCUCCGGAGCGUGGCGGGUCUCCAGAACCUCUACGGAGAUUCUCUGCUGCUGCCCAAGCUGGACCUGUUCACCAGCCGCUUCAAGGACCGGAUGAUCUCCAUGACGCUGGACAAGGACAACGAGGUGGCGCUGCAGACGCUGAAGCUGCUGCUGAACAUCUCCAGGACGUCUGAUGAUCUUCUCUCCGAGGACGACUACCAGCAGCUCCUGCAGCUGGUUUACUCGUCACAGCGCCCUCUAGCGGUGGUGGCAGGAGAGCUGCUCUACUCCAGGUUGCUGGCUGCUGGAACUGCUGGAGCUGCUGGUGGAGAACGGUCUGAAGAGCAGCAGAAGUUCUCGCGGCUGAAGGCUCUGCUGAGCUUCUACCAGGAGUCGGAGCUGCACAAGCACGUGGUUUACCUGGUGGACGCUCUCUGGGAUUGUGGUGGAGAUCUGCUGAAGGACUGGCCCGGGUUCACGUCCCUGCUGCUGCAGGAGCCCUCAGGCUUCGCGCCGGCAGAAGAGGAGCUGCUGGUGGAGAUCCUGGUGGCGUCGGUGCGUCAGGCCUCAGAGGGACCGGUUCUGGCGGGCCGGAGCGGAGCCAAGAAGGUGAUGAACGCCAGGGAGAAGAAGACUCACAUGGAGGACGGUCUGAGGAUCACGGAGCAUCUGCUGGGGGUUCUUCCUCCGCUCCUCUCCAAGUUCUCGCGUCGCGCCGAAGCCGUCGCCGCCUUGAUGAGAAUCCCCCAGUUCUUCCUGCCGGAGAGUCCAGAGGCCUCCAACACACAGGCUCUGUCCAGCCUGAUGGGUUCCAUGGCGGCGGUGUUGGACCUGCAGUCGGACCCGGCGGUCCUGGAGGCGGCGGCCCGGUCCUACCUGAGCCUGGUUGGGGGGGGACCGGGCUGGAGCGGGCCGGCCUCGGCCGCCCUGGAGGCCGUGGUGACGCGGUGGGUGGAGCGGCUGAAGGGGCUGCUGAAGGAGCUGCUGGGGAGAUCGAGCUUCUCUGCUGAUGACGAGACCAUGACAGACAUCUUAACGACGCUGAAGAAGCUCAGAGUUUUCCAGAACUGCCACGAGCUCCGGCGCUGGAGACUGCUGGACCUGCUGACCCCCCUGCUGGAGGAGAGUGGUGGAGGGGCCCCCCCAGAGCUGCUGCAGGAGGUUCUGCAGAUCUGCUGCUUCAGCGUCAUCUGGUCCCUGAACACCAGCAGCUCCUCGCUCACCUGCAGGGACGAGGCCGACUCCCAGCGGCUCCAGCUCCGUCUCUUCUGUGACAGCAGCCACCGCCGUCUGUCCCACCCCGACCUCGCCGUCAGGACUCAGGCGUUCCUGGGCGUCUGCGACGUCCUGACGGCUCACUCCUACCAGCUGCACCUGUGGGACCCCACCUCCUUCGGCCCGCUGCUCUACACCCCCAGCCCCCGCCUGCAGAGGGCGCUGCUGGCCUUCCUGUUCGCUCACGUGUUCGUCGACUGCAAGAACCCAGUGGGUGAGGACGGCGAUGUGGAGAAGCUGGAGGAUCUGCACCGCCGGAGGAACCUGCUGGCCGGAUACUGCAAGCUGGUCGUGUACGGAGUCCUGGAGAUGAGCUCGGCGGCCGCCGUCUUCAUGUACUACGUGAAGCACUACAACGAUUUCGGUGACAUCAUCAAGGAGACGAUGUGCAGGACCCGGCAGGUGGACAAGAUCGAGAGUUCCCGGGCCCUGGUGCUCUGCCUGCAGCAGCUGUUUGUGCGGCUGAAGCGGGAGCAGAACCGGGGCGGCCGGCCCGAGUCGGGGGUCCAGACCUUCACCAGCAUCAAAGAACUGGCCCGGCGGUUCGCCCUGACCUUCGGGGACCAGGUCAAGUACCGGGAGUGUGUCGUCAUGAUCCACAGGAACGGCAUCGAGUUCGUGUUCGGGGAUUCCGGUCGGGGCGAGCUGACGGCGCCGGCGUACCUGAGCUACCUGACCAUCCUCAGCGAGUUCUCCUGCAAGCUGCUGAGACCCGACAGGAAAACAGUGUGCUCGUACCUGCAGACUCACACCGCCGACCACCUAGCCGAGCUCCGUGACGAGAGCUGGCAGGCUGUGAUCCACUACCGGGCCUCGUUACUGGCCGUCGCCGACGGCGAGGACGGCGUGUCCUACGUGAGCUCGGACUGCAGGGUCCCGCGCUCCUACUCCAGGCAAGGAAGCAGCAAGUCUCCCGGAUCCUUCAGCCCCUUCAGUCCUGGUGGAGCCAGCAGAGCUCGGGCCAGCGUCAGCUCCAGCUGCCAGGACCGGGACCAGAUCCAGGACCGGGACCAGAUCCAGGACCGGGACCAGAUCCAGGACCGGGAUCCUCUCUCCGUCCUGCUGGAGUCUCCUGCCUCCGUCCUCAGCCUCAGCAGCGACGUGGAGGACGGACCGGUGGAGGUGGAGCUGUGAGUCUGGACCGGUACCGGUACCAGUCCUGCAGAGAACUGGACAUGCAGAGACCUGGACCUGCUGAGGCCUCGUUUCCACAUAUCAAAAACGCUGGUGUUUUCCUGCGUUUUGUUCGUUCGUUUACACGAAAACGAAGCUCAAAGUCUCCAAAAACCAUCAUUCCUGGAAACUCCGUCCAA